AUGGUUGCACCUCCUGCCAAAGGUGCACCUGCACCUGGUGGCCUUCAUUGGUGUCCCAGACACGCUCUAUCUUCCUUCCAAAGAAGCAUGCUUAGCUCUCCCACACUCCUCUGCAAAACCUGCAGCAUGCAUAAUGUCAUGUGGGUCUCUGAUUCUGAAGAAACUGGGGAAAUCUCUCAACAAGAUUUAUUUGAUGCCAGGACAUCAUGGGAAUGGGAUGCCGAGUUGCCUGGCAGCAAUAAGUUUGGCAAGGAGGUUCCUAAAUGGAACGAAGCAUGGACUGGUUUCAAAGCGAAAGGAAGGAAGCCGUUGAGGGAAUCUGGACCCCGGGAUUGA